AUGAGUCUCAUGACCCCCCACGGCCCUUCAAUGGGGGUAAGACUCGAGUCCAUGCCCCCAGCAUACCAUGCCCAGCCUCUCCACCGCGGUGCGACCCCCGGAUACGUCGAAACCGACCUGGACGAGCUCCGACGUACGGGCCUCGCCGCUGCCAGUAAUGGCCCGUCGACGCCGGUGCGGUCCGCCGCCCUAAUGCGCCCUCUUUCCCGGCCUGCGACCCCCUCCUCCCCCUCCUCCCCCUCCCCUCCCUCUUCUCCGGGGGAAGGAGAAGGCAUAGGAAUUGUCCAGACACUCUGCAGCCCCCCAGAAAACCUCCUCCGCCUUAUAGCUGCCUGCUGCUUGAAUUUCUGUAAUGGGUUCAACGACGCUGCGCCCGGAGCUCUGAUACCGUAUAUGGAGAAGCACUACGACAUUGGAUAUGCCGUCGUUUCGUUGAUUUUCUUGUCGAAUGCGGCGGGGUUUGUGUUUUCUGCUACUAUAUCUCAGGCUAUUUAUGCCAGGGUUGGGCGAGCGAGGACGGUUCUUGUGGGGGUACUUAUGAUGGUGCUGGCGUAUGUGGUGGUUGCUGUCACCCCACCCUUUGGAGCUGUUGUGAUGAGUUUUUUCUUGACGGGUGGGGGGAUGAGUUUGGUGAGUGAACUAAGAGAGUUGGCCUAUAUGAUGUAGGGAUGGGUUGUACUGAUGGAGGGGGAGAGCGGAGGGAUAGAUUUUGGCACAGUGUAAUGUUUUUGCGUCAAGUUUGGCAGGGAGUACGACUGCUUUUGGUUAUGUACAUGGUAGGUUGAGGGUUCUUAGCCGAGUGAGGUGUGGUGUUUCUGGAGUUGUGCUGAUGUGUUGCGAGUGGGUGGAUAGGUGCAUAUGGGCUUGGUGGAACAAUAUCCCCGCUUAUUGCUACAGCGAUGGUCUCCCGUGGGAUCCUUUGGUCGAGGUUCUAUCUUUUGCUCUUGGGGAUUGCCGUGUUCAAUUCCUGCCUGGCGACGUACGCCUUCUGGAACAGCGAGAAGGAUAGCACGCCUAUCCCUCGCCCAAGCGGUAACACGGGUGUAUUAUCUACGAAGGAUAUCCUUAGGAAGAGUAUCAGGAACAAAUACACUCUUAUGGCUGCGAUAUUCAUAUUUGCUUAUCAGGUAAACCUCCUCGCUCGCUCCUCUCCUAUCCCGUCACUAAAAGGAGUGAAUAGGGCGCAGAAGUAGCCAUCGGGGGCUGGACCGUCUCCUUCCUAAUCACCGCCCGCGCCGGGGACCCUGCCGAAGUUGGGUAUGUCGCCUCCGGUUUCUGGGCCGGAAUAACCGCCGGUCGCCUUGUCCUUAGCCACCUCUGCACUCGCAUAGGUGAGCGCCCAUCCGUAUUCAUCUUAACCGCAGGUUCGAUCGUAUUCCAAAUCCUCGUCUGGACAAUCCCUAACAUUAUCUCUAACGCCGUCUCCGUCGCUCUUGUCGGCUUGCUACUUGGCCCACUAUACCCGUGCGUCAUGACUGUUACUACGAGGCUUAUUGAUAGGAGACUUCACGUCUCAUCCUUGACUUUUAUUUCUGCUUUUGGGAGUUCGGGCGGUGCGAUUGCUCCCUUUACGACGGGUAUGCUAGCGAGUAAAUUCGGUGCUUGGGUUUUGCAUCCGAUUAGUAUUGGGAUGUUUGUUGCAAUGGAGGGAAUUUGGUUUUUGCUACCAACGGUGGGGAAGAGGUCGGAGUAGGUAUGAGGGGGUCUUGGAUGUGUGGAGGGACCCGCUUAUCAUAGUGGGAGAUUAAUUAAACAAAUUUGUCGCUUUCAUUAUAGAUAGUUUAGGGUUUUCUGUUUCAUAGAGGGCGGUCGUUUUUAUUUGGCAAAUUCGUUAGGGUACGGCAUGGAGAUAGUGGAUCACCAAGGGAAUUGGUUUCUUCAUAAUAUAUCACUCGUGUGGGGCAAAUCA